ACACACACACACACACACACACACACAUGAAUGGGCGUGGAUACCACACACACGUGUGUGGGCGGUGGGGCUGGGCGGUGUAUUCAGUGUGUACAAGCAGUGUUGAGUAGUCAACAACAAGGCAGACAGACUGAAGACAAGCACGCGUCAAACAUCUGCAAACCGUGCAGGCUGUUGGUCAUUCCCUCUCAAACCAACCAAGACCAAGACCUAAGAGACAUGCACUUUGAUAAAGCGCCAAAGGAGAAGCCAUGCUACACCCUGCCCACAGUGAAAAAACUAUUGGAACAGAAGAGGAAGCGAGAGACGUCUUCGGGGCUCACCUCCUACCCUCCAAACACAACUGGUCUCGCUGGUCACAGCAUGCUGACUCAACUGCAGACUCCAGAACAACUGACCUGCGCAGGCGCAUCAAGCAACUAUACAGACAUGCCAGCUAUGACACGUGGGCAGUGGGCUCCAAUGCAAGAGCCUGCUCUCUCUUAUGACCCCAAUCAACCUGGACCAAGCUUCCCUGUGGGCUAUGAGGUCCCAAUGGAUUCAGAUUUCAACUUGAAGCAGCAGCUUCAAGGAUUUGUGUCACAGUCCUAUGUGAGGAAAAUUCCUUCUGAAGCUGGAGUCUAUUGUGAAAGCAUUUGCAUGAAUGAUUUCAAGUUAACUUUGAGCCAGUGUUCUUUUGAGCAGGACUGUCUGAUGGAAGCUGCAGAUCAGGGCGCGGCUUCUACUUGGCCCCCUCUGGAACCAAGUCAGGCCCUUCAUUCUACUUUUGGGUCUUGGAUGGAUGCCGGGACACUAGAGAAGGCCAGAAUGCUGAUGAGAGACAUGGACUACAGUAGAAUCAUUGGCCAGGAUGAGGACGGAGACACCAUCCUGCAUAUCUACACUGCUAAGGGUCUCAGGGAGUGGGCCUUUGCUGCAGCAGAGAAGCUGAGGGAUUUAGAGAAGCUUGAUGCUAAAGAGCACAAAGGCAAAACUGCCUUACUGGUGGCGGUGACAGCAAACCAGCCAGACAUUGUUGAAGAUCUGUUGUCAUUUGGAGCUGACAUCAACGCUUGUGAUGUCAAAGGACAAAGUGCUCUUCACCUGGCCGCUCACGAUGGCUUACCGAGGAUAUUGCAGAUAAUUCUGACCAACAGGCCCGCCGUCAACCUCGAGGCCAGAGACUUCGAAGGUAUGACCCCCCUCCACUGUGCAGCCAUUUCUCAUUGUGUCACCAUGAAGGCUUUGUUUGCCUGCGAGAUGGCGGAUGCGAACCUGCAAGCCAAAGCUGCGGAGAAGCUCUCCUGUGUGCAGGUGCUUCUCAACGCGGGCGCCUCACCACUCAGCCAGGAAAUCAAAAGCAGCAAGACAGUGUUGCAUUUGGCUGUGAAGGAAGGGAAUGUUGUUUUGCUUCACUAUCUGUUCAGCAUCCCCAUGCACAAUGUAAAAGACUUUGUCAACAUGAAAGCACAUGGCCACACGGCUUUGCACAUGGCGGCCUGUCUCCAUGGCAACCCCCGACAGGAGGAGAUCCUGCGGCUCCUACUGAGUAAAGGAGCUGAUCCUAGCAUUCGCAAUAUGGAGAACGGCCUGCCGGCGCAUCUUCUCCAGGGUGGCCCGAAAGGGGAGCAGCUCAAACACUUGCUGAAGAAACGUAGCGCUUCGACUCGCCGACGUCUGGUGGCCCUACAGGACCAGGAAUGAUUGAAAGUCUUCUGUUAAGAAGGGAAUUCUUCCCAUUAUAUCAAGGAGUGAAAGUCUGAUGGUAAUUCACGUUGGAUUUUAACUCAGAAAACGAUUCACCAUUUAGCUGCUUUUCAAGAACAGCAAAAGUUGAUAUUUAUGAUGUUUCCAUACUAAUUUCUGUCAAGUGUUUGUACUCUUUUUAAUUUAAAAAAAAUCAUGCAGUUUGGAAUAUAUUUAAAGAAAAACAGACUACACAUUUUGAUUGAAGUCCUUGUCAUCUGCCACAACGUCAGGCACGCAUGCACAAUCUAAUGUCAUCCAACAGAAGAGCUAAAAUGCCAAAUGCUAAUGGAGUGCACUGUUUGAUUCAUCAUUCAUUUUGAUCAUACGAUAGUAAGUCAAGACAAUUGACUCACCCCAACGCUCACAUUUUGUGGAAAUUCAAGAUUGUGUCUCAAAUAAGCAAACCAAAAUGAAUUAUUAUCUUUGUAAAAGGCAGAUUUUUGGGUGACAUUAGAUUGUGUAUAAGUGUCUCAGUUACAGGGUUAAAAAUUGUGGCUUUUUUCCAGAAACUUUGAUUUCCAUGAAAUCAACGGUCUGACCUGGAAGAGUCUUUCUCAUGAUGAUCGCAUUGACCAUGGCAGCUGUUGCUGAAUUCAAUCAGCAUAUUUACUUUUGUUGGCAUUGCUCAUGUUGAAAAUGAGCUAACUGAAAGACUCGUUCCUGUUCUGUAUGCAUCAUACUUGUGGAUGUAACAUGUUUACUGUGUAAAACUACAUUGACUUGUGUUUGUUUCCUGUCUUAGAACCAAAGCAUGACAAAUUCACACAUUAACAGUACAGUAGUCUACUCUGACUCGGAGUAGACUACUACCUAACUACAUGGUCUAAAUGAGUCAUAGGUGUUUGGGUUGUUCUCGUGAGUCUUUACAUAAAUUAGCGGCGUGGGGAAAUUGAGCCACUCACAGAAAAGUUGUAACAAUGAUGACCUUUACUCUUUAGGAAUCCACAACAUUCACUUUCAACAACAAAAAAUUCCUGACAUUUUGAUUGUCAUGACCAGAGACCACCAAGAGGUGUCAAAUUUACUUUUGACUGUAAUUUCAGUGAGAGAAAUAAAGGUUGAGGUCUGUGACUCA